AAGCUAUAUUAUGAACGUACAUUCGCACACAGUGGCUUUUAGCAAAAAUUGAUAAAAUGAAGACUCCAGGUUUCACGUUAGCUUUAACGUUAUGUAUAUUACACUGUUGUUCACACGUGCAGGCCAGACAGUUCAAUUUUAGAUUUGGAAAUAACUAUGGGACCACUGUACAAGUAAUAGAAGGGACAAUACUACCUUUUGUCUAUCAAACAUAUAGAAAUAUUCACAUACCCGAUGGAAUGUCUGUCACCUACGUGGAAGUGCAGGUGCACUCUCUGUCCUCACCUAAAGUAGACUAUGACAACGAUGCGCAGCAAGUCUCUAUUGCUUUUAGCAUCACCCAACUGAGUAUGUCUUCAUAUAAAAUCAUAGUGAAAGCUGCUCCAACCAAUGAUGUGCUUAUCUCAAAGGAAUAUUUUACGAUUCACUAAAAAUAUUUAUGAUUUUCACUUGAAAUAUACAAUGAUAUAAAAUACA